GAAUGCCGGGAGGCGGUCAUUGGUGAAUCAAGCUGUCUGCAGUAACGUCAAGAGAUUAGUGAAUCGCAGCUGGAAUGCGAGCUUGAUUCACAAAGGCAUAAGAGGGAGACAAAGCCACCGAGAAGAGGAAACGCACACCGGACUGCCACAUCCCGCACAGCCAUGAAGGGAGAGCAUUUAUUUGCCAACAUGAGAAGCGCUCCAUUCUUCCAGCGGAUUUACCUCUUAGGAGGAGAGGAGUUGGUAGUCCUGCAGUCCACUAUGGGAGAGUCCUCGCUGGGAGACAGUUUCCAACAAAUCACCGACUUCAAUGACCUCCCCACGUCCCUCUUCGCCUGCAAUGUGGACCAAUCAGUAUUUGAAGACCACGAGGGCAAGGAAAUGUUUGAAGCGCUCUUCCUCGCGUACGAUGAGGGUGUGACGUUCCAGCAGUUUAAGAGCUUCAGACGUGUACGAAUCAAUUUCAGUAACCCUAAAGCAGCAGCCAGCGCAAGAAUAGAGCUGCACGAGACGCCUUUCAGAGGGAAGAAACUCAAACUUUACUUUGCCCAGGUGCAGAACCCAGUAUCUGAAGGAGACAAUUUGCACCUGGCUCCUCCACAGCCUUCCAAACAGUUCCUCAUCUCUCCCCCUGGCUCACCUCCAGUCGGUUGGCAACAGAUUGAUGAGGCCACACCGGUUAUUAACUACGACCUGCUGUAUGCAGUUGCCAAGCUUGGCCCAGGUGAGAAGUUCGAGCUCCAUGCGGGCACAGAGUCUACGCCCAGUGUGGUGGUCCACGUCUGUGACAGCGACACGGAUGAGGAGGAGGAACCAAAGAACAACCCUAAACCAAAAAUAAUCCAGACCCGACGUCCAGACCUGCCAGUCUCACACUGAACUCUACAGCUCCACACAGAGUCAGGGGGAUUUGUACCCUCCACCAUCUCCUUCACGGGACCUCUGCCACCCUUCAGAACCUUGUCAAACACAACCAGGGUCUGAGGGACUCUGAUCUGUGGUUCUCGCUCAGCACACACACAUGUAUACAAAUCCUCAAUGUGCUGUCACACAAUUUGUUUUGUUUUUAUGUUGGCAAUACUCUAUGUUAAAUAUGGCCGCUCUCUGUCCCUCUUUCCCAAUCCCACUCUGUUGUAAUACCAUCUGACCACCACUUAGAGGCAGCAUGUACCCAUCCCUGCUCUCACACACAUCUCUGAUUGGCUCCUGGGCCGUGGCACAUUGUAGUGUCAGAGGUGCCUAUUGGCUUUGCUCUUGCACCACACAGCUAUGUCCCAUGUGUACCCAGCAAGCCAUUAAUAUCAGUACAUUCUUCAUAAGGGCAUGCUAGCCACUAAAUGUGGCUAAACACCAGCGCUGCAUGUGGCAACCUUAGAAAUAUAAAUUGCCUAACAAAUUUCUGUCAGAUAACCCUAAUUUGGCAAACGACAGACUUGGGCGUAGCAAAAAAAAGGAUUGUUCCCUUCAGGCCAGUGCAUGUUCUGGUAGCAAACUGUACAUUUUGAGUUUAAUUUCCUGCUGUGUGUAAUUGUCUGUGUCCAGCCAACAGUGUUCUUACAAAAAACAAAAAAAACAACAACAAUGAAGCUUUUCCGGACGACAAGCUGAAGCUGAUUUUGACCAUAAACCCAUGCACAUUUUAAUUUGUUGCUUCCUCAAUGUGAAUCUUUUGUUGUUGUUGUAGUGCUUAGUCCUUUAUGCCUGGAAACCGAAAAUAGAUUUUAUUUAUAGGAUCCCAUUGCAGAAUAAAUGACAUCUACGGGUAAUCAGAUGUCAUUUAAUGAAAUCUGUAAUAUGCAUGGUUACUUGUUUUCUAGAACCUAACAUAGGUGUCCAAAUACAUAGUUUGAGACUUCAUUCGCACAGGGGUGCGUUUCCCAAACAAUGACAUAACUCGUGGCUGAGCUAUCAUAGUACAACACAUCGUUUGGGAAAAGAACGAUGUAAUGACGAGUGUUUCCCAAAACCGUAGCUACUUUGUCGCAGAUCCAUUGAUUGAACCAUGUUUGUUAUAACAUAAAACGGUCACACUUUACAAGAAGGUUCAUUAGUUAAUGUUAAUUAAUGCAUUUACUAACAUGAACAAACAAUGAACAAUACAUUUACUUCUGUAUUUGUUCAUGUUAGUUAACGUUACUUAAUGAAAAUACAGUUGUUCAUUGUUAGUUCAUGUUAGCUCAUGGUGCAUUAACUAAUGUUAACAAGCAUGGACUUGGAUGUUAAUAAUGCAUUAGUAAAUGUUCAAUUAGGAUUAAUUAAUGCUGUACAUGUGUUGUUCAUGAUUAGUUCAUGUUAGUAAAUGCAUUAACUAAUAAACCUUAUUGUAAAGUGUUACCCAUAAAAUGUCCAUAAUGGCGCUCUGGGGUCACCAAUCUCGGUCCUGGAGGGCCAGUGUCCCUUCAGGGUUUAGCUCCAACUUGCCUCAACACACCUGCCUGGAUGUUUUAAGUAUACCAAGUAAGACCUUGAUUAGCUUGUUCAGGUGUGUUUGAUUAGGGUUGGAGCUAAAACCUGCAGGACACCGGCCCUCCAGGAACAAGUUUGGUGACCUCUGCAAACGAAGUGGAGUAACAACUUAUUUAGAGAAAAAACCCAUACUUUUUUGUGCAAAAUAUAUUGUUUUACACGCACAUGCAUUAAAAAAAUAAUCCAAUAUUAGUUUUGGUAAAAACAUGCACCUGCUUUCCAUAUUAUUUGAAAUAUAUGUAAACAGCACAUAUAGGGCCAAUGCUUCCUUUACAAAUGGUACUGAGAAUUUGCCAUUUUCUUUUCUUAAACAUAAAUCAUAGAAGUCGUUAGACUAAUAGUUGUAAUUUACGGUAGGCCAUUAAAUAAGAAAAUAUUUCUUUGUAAUCUUAAUAAUAAUAACAUUAUUAAAUAAUUAUUAUUGUUAUUAUUAUCAUUAAGGAUUUUAGGUGCGUCCCAAAUCGCAAAUUUACAGACUAUUCUACGCCAUUUUAUAGUAUAAAUAGUGUAAGUAGUGUGUUCAAACGGAAAACUCUAAAAAACAGUAAGUGCACUUUAAAUACCCGGAUGAUGCACCUGCUAAACCAGUAAAAUAAAGUGUGUAAUGUUGGACACUUCACGCACUCAACGGCCAAUGCUUUGCUCACGUAGCGGAAGCUGUGAAGCUUUCGGGCACUCGUGUUGAAUUUAUUUAUUUUGGAUUGUGAAAGCAAAAUUCUCCUACUAAAGUGAUUACAGCGCCUCCCGAUGGUGAAUGCGGUUACACUCAUGACAGGUAUUAUUUGAUAGUUUGGUCAUUUAUUUCACUGAUUUGGCAACCGUCAAAUGUCAUCAGGGAAACGGGUUGAAUUUCUGCUUAGUAAAAAACCCAUUAGUGUUCCAUUUGGGACGAAACUACAUACAUAUACUAUGCUGUUGAGUGUGUAAGAGCAUAAGUAUAUAAAGGAUAAGAGCAUAGUGUGUAAUUAGGGAUGCAGCUUUCCUUCUUUUAUAAUUUGACACAUUCAAACCACUGCAUGAAAUGUUCUACCAACAGGCCAAUGUCAUAUACAAUACAUUUUCUCCAUAAAAAAAAAAA